AUUUUUCAAGCUUGUAGUGCUUCGGCAGUCGGGACGAUACGAUCGUUGGUUUCAAAAUUAAAGAAAGUUGGUCAACUUCUUUUAAUUCAAAGGACGUUUUUUUGUUUCAAAUACAUUUGUGCGGUAAAAGUAAAACAUUUUUAAUAUAUAGCAAAGUACAUACAAUGUCAGAAGCUCCGGGUAACUCAAAUAAUACCAACAGCCCAUCAAGCGAUGAGGGUCCCCGAAUACCUGUUGAAGACGAAAGGACUUCGGAUAAUGUUAAAAAAUGCCCACAAAAAAAAAGAAACGUUAGGAGAUCACGUCCGGAUGACGAAAGUCUGGAGCGAGUAAAAGAGCGGGGAGGAAACCUUGUACUUGAGUUUGACGGGGAACCCAAUGGAUAUCACCUACAGCCUUCAAAUGAUCCCCCUGCACCCAACAAUGACGUCAGAGUACUUAAAGGCAAUGAAAAUGAAAAUGAACAUUCAAAUCAAAAUGUUCCAAAUCAAGAGUCAAGUGACGAAGAGGAGUGCCAAGGAGCGCAAAGCAUAGCGCCACGACAUGAAGACUUACACAAUUUACCAGGGCCUUCAAAUGCUGCAUCUCGUCGAAAAUCCAGGAAAAGGGAAGUUACACCUUCAAAGUCCUGUGAGGAUUUAAGUGAAUCAGACACAGGUCCUAAGCAACUUCCUUCUCCCCGAAAGAAAUCACGAGCCUCAAUCCCAAAAGUUCCAUCUCCAGUUGGCGAAGUCGAUUCGAGUUCUCCAAGCCCUUCAAAUCCCACCAAUGGCUCAGAUCCAGCUUCCGAAGAUGAAUCGAAGUCUAACAAUGGCUCAAAUUCAGUUUCCGAAGAUGAAUCGAAAUCUAACAAUGGCUCAAAUCCAGUUUCCGAAGAUGAUUCGAAAUCUAUCGAUGGCUCAAAUCCAGUUUCCGAAGAUGAUUCGAAAUCUAUCGAUGGCUCAAAUCCAGUUUCCGAAGAUGAUUCGAAUUCUAACAAUGGCUCAAUAAGUCCAGUUUCCGAAAGUAAUUUGAAUUCUUCACGUCCUGCGGUUCCUCCAACUCCAAGAAAGAAGUACUGAUCAAAACAAAGUUCAGAAACUGACCCUAGAAAUAGCCUCUUAUAAUUUAACGUUUAAAAAUGUUGAUCAUCGAAUAUAGUAUCCUAUAUUCGAUACAAUCAUUUUUUUAAAUUUAUCUUCAAACAUUGCGUAAUUUAAAAAAUGACACUACCUAGAAUUGAUUCUAGUUCAACAAGUUCGUUUGAAACUCAUUCGAGACGCUAUGACCGUAAAAAAUCCGAUUUUCCUUGCAUGAAAGGAAUCACGCUGAUCCACAAAAUUGAUCAAAUUUUAAACUAAACAAAGUAAACUGAAUCAUUGUACGAGGCAUAAAAUUCAAUUUUUUUUAGUAAGUACAAAAGUACGGUAGAACUAUCAAAAAUUAAGUUUAUAAUGUUUCUAAAUACUACAAUCUAUUAAUUUGUAAAUAUAUUUACAUCUUUGUAUACAAAUAUAAUCAUAUCUACUUCUUGAAGUUAUAAUCUUUGUAACAUUCUUUUCAUUUUCUUCACAAUUAAAUAUCAAGCUUCCAAUAAA